AUGAACGAGGCAAACAUAGAAUGGAAAAAUUGGGUCGGAAUAUGCACAGAUGGUGCUCGUUCAAUGUCCGGAAGAUACCAAAGUAUACAAGCACUUGUAAAGCAAAAAUCGCCUCAGUGCGUCUGGACACAUUGCAUGAUCCACAGGGAAGCUUUGGCUUCGAAAGAAAUGAGUCCUGGUCUGAACAUUGUGUUAACUACGGUUGUAACCGUAGUAAAUUAUAUAAAAAUGAGACCCCUGAAAUCGAGAAUCUUUUCCGCACUUUGCAAAGACAUGGGUUCAGUACAUUCAGCGUUAGUAUUUUAUUGCGAGGCAAGAUGGUUAUCACGUGGGAAAUUUUUGCAACGUGUUUAUGAAUUAAGAGAAGAAAUUGCUAUUUUCCUAGAAGAAGAAAACAGACCGGAAGCUGAGAAUUUUCGCGAUGGUUUAUUUGUGAUGAAAUUGGGUUACUUGGUCGACAUAUUCGAGAAAUUAAAUAACUUGAAUCUUCAACUCCAAGGUGCAAAUUCACAUCUGUUGGAUACAAGUGAUAAAGUCAAUGCUUUUUGUAGAAAAUUAGAAUUAUGGAGCAGAAAUUUGAAGCAAAAAAACCUAACUAUGUUUACAAAUGUGGAUGAUUCUGCUAAAACUUACAAGGCUGAAGAAUUACACGUAAAAGUUGUAUUUGUAACCAUUGAAAAUCAUUUAANGUAUUUUCCUGCUGACGACAAACUGAUAGCAAGUUACGAGUGGGUUAGGAACCCAUUUCAUAAGACUCCCGAAAGACUCUCAAUUGAUGAGGAAGAAAAAUUCAUAGACUUCACGACAAGAGGCGAAAUCAAAAUACAAUUUAAUAAAUCACUAUUUGAAUUUUGGGCAGGAGGAUGA